AUGUCAAAGAUUGCAAUUAUUGGAGCGGGCCCCAUUGGUAAGGCACUAUCUACCCGUCUCGUUGAGACAGGCUACUCAGUGAAAGUAGCGAACUCCAGGGGUCCAGACACUCUUAAAGAGUUUGCUCAAAUCACCGGUGCAUCAGCUGCUGGAAUUGCUGACGUUUCGUCUGGAGCAGAUGUUCUCAUCCUCGCAUUACCUCUGCCUCGCGUUGCAGAUUUGCCAAAGAGCGUCAUUUCGACACUCGCUAAGGGUGCGGUCGUAGUUGAUGCAAAUAACUACAAUCCUUCGAGGGAUGGGAACAUUCCUGAGAUCGUUGCGGGUCUUCCCACUUCUCAAUGGGUAUCGAAGCAAUUGGGCGUUGGCGUGAUCAAAGCAUUCAACACCAUCUUUGCUUCCAGAAUCGUUUCACAUCAGAGACCAAAGGGCGACCCACACCGUGUUGCGCUACCUAUUUCUGGUGAUGACUCGGUCGCACUUGCUAAAGUCCAGGAGAUAGUGGAGAGGCUGGGUUUUACUGCUUAUGACUCGGGUAAAUUGUCUGAGUCCUGGCGCCUGGAGUUGGGACAGCCAGUCAGCGGCGCAGAUCCAACAGUCGAAGAGAUACCACUGUUGCUCCAACAAGCUAAUAAAAAGAAGUGA